AUGGGCGACCUCCUCAGCUCACACUGGGCCCCAGGGGGAAACAAUACCAGAUCAAACCCAGCGCUCCGCCGCCCAUGCUCCGAAAACCCCAUCCGCAACACCACAACCUUCCCCUCACCCCGCAAACCAAGUCCAAAUCCAAGUCCACGCCCAAACCCACGCCAACAACCAACCCAACUCCCCGCCCACGAAGAACUAUCCCGCUUCAUGAAAAUCGUCUCCCGCCUCCGCUGGAAACUCCCCUUCCUAGCCGAAGCAUACAGACUAGCCACAAUUCCCGCCGAGCACAACACCUCCACCUCACCGGCAGACAUCGCCCACGCGCAAAUCAUGUUCAAGAUCGAUUUCCACGAAUACUACGCCCUCCUUGAACGCGCCAUCGUCCACUUACUCGCCAUCUUCAAUAUCAGCGUUUCCUCGCGCCGACCGGCCACCACAUCCGACGGCUUCGGCUUCGCCAAUGGCAACGGAACAGGAGCAGCAACACACCGCUACCACGCAAACGUUCUCCAAGCCCUAGAAGAAGAAACAACACCCCUAACCCCGGUCCUCGGCACCGGAAAACCCCUCGCCCUCCUCCGCCAAGCAAAACAGCUCCGCAACCGAUGGAAAACAGCCGACAUGACAGCCGAAGAGCAAGGGCGGGACCCGCAGUCCGACCGAGAUCGAAGUCGGGACGAGAUUCUGCCACUGUCGAGCUACAAUUUUGAGGAAAUUAUUAUGGGCAUUUUUGCCGGGUUGGAGGAGGGGUUUGUUAGGGCUAGAGCGCAUGUGGAGUUGUGUCGCAGGCCGGAGGAGGUGGAUGGGGAGGAGUCGGAGGCGGAUUGGGAGUUUAUGGUUGAUGCUAUGGAUUGGGAGGCUGUUUAG